AUGGUGGGAAUACUACAGGAUCCUCGUGAGCCGGCGUGGUGGCACUCAAGGCCCUGCGACGCCUGGCGAGGUCGACUGGACGAAUUGGAUGGAAAGGACCAAGCCCCGCCCUUGGGAUAUCACGAUCCUCCAGAUGGCAUGGAAUUUUUGAAAGCUGGAGCGAGCGUUGAGCGUCGUGAGGACCAGGCCGGAGGCCAGGUCGUUUUUGCUGCCAUGGCCGAUUGCACUUUCUUGUCCCGUACGGGUCGACCACUUUGUGCGAAUUUAGACAUGGCAUGCGUGUGA